ACAACUGGUGGUCUCAGGUGUGCCCCACGUACUUCUUGAGGCUGGUGGAUCUCUAUAAAGGCGCUGUGGUUUACCUUUUGAAUGGGAAAAAAACAUUACUGAUCCCAGUCUUGUACAGUAGCUACAUCACAGCUGCCCUGCGACUUCUGGAGAAACUUCAUAAAAAAGUGCGGCCGUCGAUCAUGCAGGAUGCCGUGACCCUGUGCUCUUAUCCUUUCAUCUUUGAUGCCCAAGCCAAGACAAAAAUGCUGCAGACAGAUGCUGAGCUGCAGAUGCAGGUGGCCAUCAGUGGAGCGAAUUUGCAGAAUGUUUUUAUGCUUCUUACUCUGGAGCCCCUCCUGGCACGAAGCCCUUUCCUUGUUCUUCACGUCCGUAGGAGCAACUUGGUUGGCGAUGCCCUGAGGGAGUUGAGCAUCCAUUCAGAUGUUGACUUGAAGAAGCCUUUGAAGGUGAUCUUUGAUGGUGAGGAAGCUGUUGAUGCCGGUGGAGUCACAAAGGAAUUCUUCCUUCUGCUGCUGAAGGAGCUCCUGAAUCCCAUCUACGGAAUGUUCACCUAUUACUCAGAAUCGAACCUCCUGUGGUUCUCCGACACCUGUUUUGUAGAGCACAACUGGUUUCAUCUCAUCGGCAUAAUCUGUGGGUUGGCGAUAUACAACUUCACCGUGGUGGAUCUUCACUUCCCGUUGGCCCUGUACAAGAAGCUCCUGAAUGCGAAGCCCUGUUUAGAAGAUCUGAAGGAGCUGUCUCCCAUGGAAGGAAGGAGCCUUCAACAGCUUUUAGAUUACUCUGGGGAAGAUGUUGAAGAAACAUUCUGCCUGUGUUUCACAAUAUGCAGAGAGAGCUACGGCGUGGCAGAGCAGAAGAACCUGGUGCCCGAUGGAGACAAGAUUCCUGUGCAGAGAGACAACAGGGAGGAGUUUGUUGAUGCCUAUGUGAAUUACGUCUUCAACCUUUCGAUACAUGAGUGGUACUCGGCUUUUGCCUCCGGUUUCCUGAAAGUGUGUGGCGGGAAGGUCCUGGAACUUUUCCAGCCAACCGAGCUCCGGGCCAUGAUUGUGGGGAACAGCAACUAUAACUGGAAGGAACUGGAGGAGAGUGCUGCUUAUAAAGGAGAAUUCUCUGCCACACACCCGACUGUGAAAAUGUUCUGGGAGACAUUUCAUGAAUUCCCGUUGGAAAAGAAGAAGAAGUUUCUCUUGUUCCUGACAGGCAGCGACCGCAUCCCGAUCUACGGCAUGUCGAGUUUGCGCAUCGUCAUCCAGUCAACGGCCAGCGGGGAGGAGUACUUGCCCGUGGCUCACACAUGCUACAACCUUCUUGACCUGCCCAUGUACAGCAGUAAAGAAAUCCUGAACACGCGACUGACUCAAGCCAUUGACCACUACGAGGGCUUCAGCUUGGCCUGAGGGGAGCCCCCUCCCCAACACGGACCGUUCUGUACAGAAAGGAAAUACUUUGUCUUUGUUUUUAUUUUUGUAAUGCUCAAGUGGCGGGGGAGGGGGGGAGCAUGGGAUGAAGAGGCCAAUCAGCAUUCCCCGGAUUUUCCGCUUUGAUGUUUUCAACCCAUCAGACGAAAUCAGUUCAACAUAUUUUGACUGGGUUUUUUUUAUAUAUAAGAUCUCUCCUUCUAUCCUGCCUCUCCAAAAACUACCUUCAGUGGUUUUGAUUUCUUGGUCUUUCUAAAGAUGGGCUGUGACAACUCACAGGGGGUGUCUGCUCUUUCCUUUCUUCCCGGACCACCUGUGAAUCCCCUUUCUGCUCUCCCACCCUCCCUCGUUGGCAUCACAGUAAACCUGCAGGGGCACAUCUGAUCAAGAAUGGCUCCUAGGUCCAUGGAAAUUUAACAUUUUAUAAAAUUUAUUUCUUUAGUGGUGCCAGAGAGUUCCGUAGUAGAUCGGAUUCUUUCACACAGAGAUUAGUUUGGGGUUUGUGUGAAGAUUUUACGGUGUGUGAUCUUUAAUUCCCCC